GCCAAUCUCAGCACCUGCUCUGGAGGCCGGUGGAACUGCCAGGAGGCCCCGUGCCCGGGCACGUGCUCGGUGCUGGGAGGUGCCCACUUCUCCACGUUCGACGAGAGGGAAUACACAGUGCAUGGUGACUGCAGCUACGUGCUGGCCAAGCCCUGCAACAGCAGCGCCUUCACCGUGCUGGCCGAGCUGCGCAGGUGCGGGCUGACGGACAGCGAGACCUGCCUGAAGAGCGUGACGCUGAGCCUGGACGGGGGGCAGACGGUGGUCGUGGUCAAGGCCAGCGGCGAGGUGUUUGUGAACCAGAUCUACACGCAGCUGCCCAUAUCAGCCGCCAACGUCACUCUCUUCAGACCUUCGACUUUCUUCGUCAUCGCUCAGACCAGCCUGGGCCUGCAGCUGGACAUCCAGCUGGUGCCCACGAUGCAGGUGUUUGUGAGGCUGGCGCCCGCGCUCCGGGGACUCACCUGCGGGCUCUGCGGGAACUUCAACAGCAUCCAGACGGACGACUUCCGGACCAUCAGCGGGGUGGUGGAAGGCACUGCCGCCGCCUUCUUCAACACCUUCAAGACCCAGGCUGCCUGCCCCAACGUCAAGAACACCUUCGAAGACCCCUGCGCCCUCAGCGUGGAGAACGAGAAGUACGCCCAGCACUGGUGCUCACGGCUGACUGACGCUGACAGCCCCUUUGCCCCGUGCCACACUGCGGUGAACCCCAGCACCUACUACUCGAACUGCAUGUUCGACACGUGCAACUGCGAGAAGAGCGAGGACUGCCUGUGCGCCGCCCUGUCUGCCUACGUGCACGCCUGCGCCGCCAAGGGCGUGCUGCUCCGCGGCUGGAGGGACGGCGUCUGCACCAAGUACAUGAGCAGCUGCCCCCAGUCCCAGAACUACUCGUACGUGGUAGACACCUGCCAGCCCACCUGCCGUGCCCUGAGCGAGCCAGAUGUCACCUGCAGCAUCUCCUUCGUGCCUGUGGAUGGCUGCACGUGCCCAGCAGGCACCUUCCUGGAUGAUUCUGGAGCCUGCGUGCAUGCUGAGGACUGCCCCUGCUACUUCCACGGCGCAGUGGUGGCGCCCGGAGAGGUCGUGCAUGACAACGGCGUGGUGUGCUCGUGUGCACGUGGGAAGCUGAGCUGCCUGGGAGCCUUGCUGCAGAAGAGCUCUGGGUGUGUGCCCCCCAUGGAGUACCUGGACUGUAACAAUGCCACGGCAGGUGCGCCCGGGGCCGAGUGCCUCAGGAGCUGCCACAUGCUGGACGUGGACUGCUUCAGCACCCACUGCGUCUCUGGCUGCGUCUGCCCCCCAGGGCUGGUGUCGGAUGGAAGCGGGGGUUGUGUGGCUGAGGAGGACUGCCCCUGCCUGCACAAUGAGGCCACCUACAAGCCUGGGGAGACCAUCAGGGUGGACUGUAACACCUGCACAUGCAAGAACCGCCGGUGGGAGUGCAGCCAGCGGCCCUGCCUGGGCACCUGCGUGGCCUAUGGGGGCGGCCACUUCAUCACCUUCGACGGUGAGCGCUACAACUUCGAAGGCAGCUGCGAGUACACGCUGGCCCAGGACUACUGCGACAGCAAUGCCACCACCAAUGGGACCUUCCGUAUAGUCACGGAGAACAUCCCCUGCGGGACCACUGGCGUCACCUGCUCUAAGGCCAUCAAGCUCUUUCUGGAGAGCUAUGAGCUGAUCCUCCAUGAGGGGACCUUUAAGGUGGUACAAAGGGCCCCUGGAGGAGACCUGCCCUACAAGAUUCGCUACAUGGGCAUCUUCCUGGUCAUCGAAACCCGCAGUGGGAUGGUCGUGUCCUGGGACCGGAAGACCAGCGUGUUCAUUCGGCUGAAGCAGGAAUACAAAGGCAGGGUCUGCGGCCUGUGCGGGAACUUCGACAGCAAUGCCAUCAACGACUUCACCACGCGGAGCCAGUCUGUGGUGGGCAGCGUGCUGGAGUUUGGAAACAGCUGGAAGUUCUCCCCGUCCUGCCCGGAUGCCCUGGCGACAAGGGACCCCUGCACCGCCAACCCUUACCGCAAGUCCUGGGCCCAGAAGCAGUGCAGCAUCAUCAACAGCGCCACCUUCGCCGCCUGCCGCUCUCAGGUUGACUCUACCAAGUACUACGAGGCCUGCGUGAGCGACGCCUGUGCUUGCGACUCAGGGGGUGACUGCGAGUGUUUCUGCACGGCCGUGGCCGCCUACGCCCAGGCCUGCCAGGAGGUGGGCGUGUGCGUGUCCUGGCGGACCCCGGAUGUCUGCCCCUUGUUCUGCGACUACUACAACCUGCAUGGAGAGUGCCAGUGGCACUAUGAGCCCUGUGGGGCCCCCUGCCUGAGAACCUGCCGGAAUCCAAGCGGGCACUGCCUCAUGGACCUGCCUGGCCUAGAAGGCUGCUACCCAAAGUGCCCGCCCAGCAAGCCCUUCUUCAGCGAGGACCAGAUGAAAUGUGUGGCCCAGUGCGGCUGUUACGAUGAGGAUGGGAACUACUACGAUGUUGGGGUGAGGGUCCCCGCAGCGGAGAACUGCCAGCACUGUAACUGUACCCCCGGCGGCCUUCAGUGCACUCACAGCCUCCAGGCCUGCACGUGCACCUACGAGGGUAGGACUUACGGCUAUGACGAUGUCAUCUACAACACCACUGACGGGCUCGGCGCCUGCCUGGUUGCCAUCUGCCGAGACAACGGGACAAUAAUCCGGGAGACUGUGGAAUGCCCUGGAAUCCCUUCCACGACGCCGUUCACCUUCACCAGCACCUUGGCCCCUCUCUCCACCACGGGACCGGCCACCUCAGCCACCUCACCUGUGGCCACCAGCUCCAGGGUGCCCCCUACGUCCCCCAUGGAGACCGCUAACACCUCGCCCGGAGUGACCACAACUACCAUCCCUGUGGGCACUGGUUCCACAGUUACCCCGACCUCGCUCUCAGAGACCAGCGCCACCCCUAUGAAACCAGCUACCAUCGCCACCUCGUCUCAGGCCACUGGCUCCACAGCGCCCCUCUCCUCUUCCCUAAGGACCUUUACCACACCACCCACUGAGACCACCCGGGCCACCUCUCAGGGACACUCCCUCCCCCCCAGUAGUACCCACACGGAGUCCAAGGCCCCGACUUCCACGGGCCCGACCGGUACCUCCAGAUCCCGAGAGUCACCCACCGUGGUCUCCCAGAGCACUGUGGGUCGCAGUAGCACAGCCCCGCGCACGGCUCCGGCCACGUCCAGCACUCACACAGGCACGGGGACCGCUGAGUCAUCACCUACCCCCGAGGAAACCACCCCGCGUGUCACCACAGCCACCUCAACCUCAAACACGCCUUCCCACGAGGCGCAGACCUCGCCCCUGCCUACCACCGGCCCCAGCCCGGCCUCCACACCCCGAGGGGUGGGGUCCACGACCUGUGAGCCUCGAUGCACCUGGACAGACUGGCUGGACCAGAGCUACCCCACGCCCGGCAUCUCUGGGGGAGACUUUGAGACGUAUGCCAACAUCCGGGCGUCCGGAGAGGCCAUCUGUGAGAAGCCCCUGGACCUGGAGUGUCGCGCCGAGUCCCAGCCCAACGUCCCCCUGCAGGAGCUGGGACAGGUGGUCGACUGCAACCUGGACUUCGGGCUGGUGUGCUGGAACCGCAAGCAGGUGGGUCGCUUCAAGAUGUGCCUCAACUACCACAUCCGUGUGUUCUGCUGUGACUACAGCCACUGCCCACACACCACAGCGACCUAUUACCACAUCGCUGAUGCUGGCGGCCAGCUGUGCAUGCGGCCAGAGGCCAUCGAGUGCGAGGCCGUCCUCUUCCCGGAGGUGCCCUUCAGGCAGCUGGGCCAGGUGGUGCUGUGUGACGUGGACUUCGGCCUCAUCUGCAGGAACCACUGGCAGCGGUCGGGCCGCGUCUGCCUCAACUACCACAUCCGCGUGUACUGCUGCGACGACUACAGUCACUGCGCCAGCACGGCCGGACCCACCACCACCACGCCGGCCCCCGGGCCCCGCAGCACGCUCCACCCCACCCAGGGCCCGUGGUCCUCAGGAACGCCCGUGCCCUCGACCUCGGCCACCGUGCACACGAGCACCUUCUCCACGGGGACCACAGAGAAGGUGACGGUGCCCAGCUCCUCGACAGGCCCGGCCUCCAGCACCGGCUCGCUCUACACGCCACGGAGCCCCACCCCAGGCACCCCAAGCACGUCUGCCCAGACAGCCUCAUCUAGGCCCUCUGCCUCCUCACCCCCAGUCACCGACCACCUUCGCACGUCCCCUGAGACCCCUGGCACCUGGUCUCCAAUUGGGACCACCCUCCCUGGGAGCACCUCGCAGACCAGCACCGAAACGUCCACCCGGUCCCCGGCUCCCAGCACGAGCUGCGUGCCCCGCUGCACCUGGACAGACUGGUUCGAUGAGGACUACCCCACACCUGGGCCCGAUGGCGGGGACUUUGAGACCUACUCGGUCCUUCGCGAGGCCGGCCACGCCUUCUGUGAGCACCCCCAAGACAUCCAGUGCCGCUCAGAGAAGGCGCCAGACCAGCCCCUGGGGGCCCUGGGCCAGGUGGUUCAGUGUGACGUGCGCUUCGGGCUGGUGUGCAGGAACCAGGACCAGCCCGGGCCCAAGCAGUACUGUGACAACUACCACGUGCGUCUGCUGUGCUGCGACUACAGCCACUGUGGCUCCUCGACCACGGCCACCCACUCCACGCUCACCGGUUCUUCCUCCACGGAGACAGCCAGAACCAGCACAGGACCGGCCACCUCAGCCACUUCACCUGUGGCCACGAGCUCCAGGACAGCCAGAACCAGCACAGGACCGACCACCCCAGCCACCUCACCUGUGGCUACCAGCUCCAGGGUGCCCCCGAGUUUCCCCUUCAAAACUGCCAGCACCUCCCCAGGACCGGCCACCUCAGCCACCUCACCUGUGGCCACCAGCUCAAGGGUCCCCCCUACGUCCCCCAUGGAGACCGCUAACACCUCGCCCAGUUCCCCCUUCAAGACUGCCAGCACCUCCCCAGGACCGGCCACCUCAGCCACCUCACCUGUGGCCACCAGCUCCAGGGUGCCCCCUACUUCCCCUACGGAGACAGCCAGCACCUCCGCAGGACUGACCACAACUACCUUCCCGGUGGCCUCUAACUCUCUAGUGACUUCUCCCCCCUUCACAGAGACAGCCAGCACCCCCCUUGUGCUGAGCACAGCUACAUCAUCCCGUGUCUCUGGUUCUUCUGUCCCCAUUUCCUCCCCUGUGGUGAUCAGCACCACCUCUUUGGUUCCGAGCCCCAUAGCCCCCUCUACUGUGGCCACCAGCACCAGUGCACCCCUGUCCUCCCACCCCGGGAACACCAGCACAUCUGCCAUUCCUCCCAGGAGCCUGCCAGUCUUCACAGUGUCCACGGCCUCUACCGUGACCCUCACCACCUUUGGACCCAGCUCCCCUUCUCUCUCCCCCUUCUCCCCGACACCCUGCUUUUGCCAGGCGUUUGGACAGCUCUUCACACCUGGGGACGUCGUCUACAACAGGACCGACAGAGCCGGCUGCCAGUUCUACGCCAUCUGCAACCAGCACUGUGACCUCGACCGCUUCCAGGGCCCCUGUCCUUCUUCUCUGCCACCAACGUCCUCACCUCCACUGCCCUCACCCUCCCCUGUCCCUGGAUGUGACAAGGCUGUCCCUCCACGACAGGUGAAUGAGUCCUGGACCCUGGAGAACUGCACAGUCGCCAGGUGUGAAGGGGACAACCAUGUCGUCCUGCUGGAGCCGAAGCCCGUGGCUAAUGUCACCUGCGUGAACGAGCGCCAGCCCAUCACAGUGUGGAGCCAGGGCCAGCCGUGCGACUACCACUACGAGUGCGAGUGCUCCUGCAGCGUCUGGGGAGACUCCCACUUCUCGACCUUCGACGGCACCACAUACUCCUUCCUGGACAACUGCACCUACGUCCUCAUGAGAGAGAUCCACCCUCGUCACGGGAACCUGAGCAUCCACAUGAGCGGCCACUACUGCAGGGCCACCCCUGCGGCCGGCUGCCCCCGCGCCGUCAGCGUCUACUACGAGACCAUGGAGAUCGUACUCACCACCACCACCAUCGACGGGAGAGAGCAGGGCCUGAUCCUGUUUGACCAGGUGCGGGUGAGCCCAGGCUUUCGCAAGGGUGAUGUGGUUGUGUCCCUGACGGGGGCCACCACCAUGGGCGUCAGCAUUCCUGACAUCAACAUCACCUUCGACGGGCACAUCCUCCAGGCCCAGCUGUCCUACAGUCACUUCGGCCACAACACGGAGGGCCAGUGCGGCACCUGCACCAACGACCAGAGGGACGACUGCCGCCAGCCAGAUGGCACCAUGGCCCCCACCUGCCAGGACAUGGCCAAGACCUGGUUGGUCCCUGAGAGCAGCAGGGACGGGUGUGGAGCACCAACCAGCCCUCCCCCGGCCAGCAGCCCCCAGCCCGUGAUCAGCACGCCCACCUCCACCCCGUGUCCCCCGCCACCGCUCUGCGAGCUGCUGCUGAGCCCGGUCUUCGCAGAGUGCCACGACCUCAUCCCGCCCGGUCCGUUCUUCAGUGCCUGUGUCAGCGAUGGCUGCCGCACCAUCCCCAAGGUGGCCUGCCAGAGCCUGGAGGCCUACGCAGCGCUCUGCCGUGCCCGGGGCGUGUGCAGCGACUGGAGAAAUGCAACUGGCGAACUGUGCGUCCUUCCUUGCCCGCCCACCAAGGUGUACAAGCCUUGCGGCCCCGUGCAGCCAGCAUCCUGCGACUCCAGGAGUCAGAACCCACUGAAGGAGGGGCUGGCCGAGGGCUGCUUCUGUCCUGAAGAUCAAAUCCUCUUCAACUCCCACACAGACAUCUGUGUGCCUGAGUGUCCCUGCGUGGGACCAGAUGGAUUUCCUAAAUUUCCUGGAGAGCGGUGGGUCAGUAACUGCCAGGACUGCGUGUGCGACGAGGGCUCGGUGUCGGUGCUGUGCGAGCCAGUGCAGUGUGAGGCCAAGAGCCAGCCCCCUCAGUGUGACCGGGCAGGCUUCAUGGCUGUGACCAGACCCAGGGCUGACAACCCGUGCUGCCCUGAGACGCUAUGCGUCUGCAACACGACCACCUGUCCCCAGAACCAGCCUGAGUGUGGGCCAGGCCAGGAGCUGGUCCGCACCCAGGAGGAGGGUGACUGCUGCCCCACCUUCAGCUGUGGGCCUGAGCUGUGCACGUACAACGGCACCGUCUACGGGGAAAGGGUCGGUGCGACCUUUCCGGGGCUCGUUCCCUGCCACACCUGCACCUGCGUCUCUGGGGACCCCCAGGGCCCGACCGUGCAAUGUGAGGAGGAUGCCUGCAACACCACCUGCCCUCAGGGCUUCGCAUACUCGAGGGCAGCCAGGCAGUGCUGUGGGGUGUGCGUGCAGAAUGCCUGCCUCACCCCAGAUGGCCAGCCCAUCCAGCCCAAUGAGACCUGGGUCAACAGCCCUGUGGACAACUGCACCAACUACCGCUGUGAAGCUGCAAACAGGGUUUACGUGCUGACCCCUCAGCCCUCGCCCUGCCCUGAUGUGUCAAGCUGCAGGGGGAUGCUCAGAAGAACUGGUUGCUGCUACACUUGUGAGGAAGUGGACUCUUGUCAAGUCCGUGUCAACACAACCGUGCUGCGGCAUGGGGACUGCGUGACCAACGGUGCAAUCAACAUCACUUUCUGCGAGGGCUCCUGUCCCGGAGUGUCCAAGUACUCAGAGGAGGCUCAGACCUUGCAACACGAGUGCACCUGCUGCCAGGAGAGGCGGGCCCACGGGGAGGCGGUGAGCAUGCGGUGUCCUGACGGCACAGCCAUCGUGCACACCUACACCCACGUGGACGAGUGUGGCUGCGCGCCGUCCUGCCUUCCCUUGCCUAUGGCUCCCACGGACACCCUAGACACUCCAUCUUAGGGCUCUGACCCUGCUCCCAUGUUGCUCCUGGAGCCAGGACAUGCAUUGCCUGGCCAUGAAAACCUUAGUUUUCACACUCCGUGGAGUCCACAAAAACCUUCUGUGACUCCCACUGCCUCUGCCCCACCUUUGGCCUUCGGCACCCUGGAGGGUGAAGGGCCAGCAAGGAUCCACUUG